GGCAUAGUUCCAAUGCAGUUUAAAUUGUUUUCGUUCGCUCUUAUCAUCCUGAACUGUGUGGAUUACAGCCACUGCCAGAGCAACCGAUGGAGAAGAAGUAAAAGAGCCAGCUAUGGAUCUAAUCCGAUAUGCAAAGGCUGCCUUUCUUGCUCAAAAGACAAUGGGUGUAUCCGUUGUCAGCCCAAAUUAUUCUUCUUCCUGCGAAGAGAAGGAAUGAGACAGUACGGAGAAUGUUUGCAUUCCUGCCCACCCGGAUACUAUGGUCUCCGGGCUCCUGACAUGAACAGAUGUUCGAGGUGCAGAAUAGACAAUUGUGACUCUUGUUUUAGUAGAGAUUUUUGCACAAAAUGCAAAGCUGGCUUUUACUCCCACAAAGGACGUUGUUUUGAGGAAUGCCCGGAAGGAUUUGCACCGCUGGAUGAUACCAUGGAGUGUGUGGAUGGCUGUGAGGUGGGACCUUGGAGUGAAUGGGGUGUAUGCAGUAGAAAUAACAGAACCUGCGGAUUUAAAUGGGGCCUGGAAACAAGAACGAGACAAAUUGUGAAGAAGCCUGCGAAAGAUACAAUUCCUUGUCCAACCAUUGCAGAAUCCAGAAGAUGCAAGAUGGCAACGAGACACUGCCCUGGAGGAAAGCGAUCCAUGAAGAAAAAGGACAAAAGGAACAAGAAAAAGAAAAAGAAGUUGCUUGAAAGAGCGCAGGAGCAGCAUAUUGUCUUCCUAUCUACUGACAGAACCAGCCAGUAAAAAGAGACAAUUUGUUACAUUUUAGUCCCCGCCCCCUUUUUUCCCGCUAAGUGCACAAAAGCUGCUACUUGCUCUUGCACACAAACGAACUGCAGAAUGGCUGCUUUAACAGUAUUGGUUGCAAAUAACUUGUGAAUAUAUACACAAGCUUAUUUGUUUUAUUUAUAAUAAUUUUUUUUUCAUCUGGAAACUUUAAAAGGCUGAGGAACACUGAGUUGAAUCAGUGAAAUGAUGUAGAUGUCAGAUUUUUUGUUUUUCUUUCAUUUUUUUGUUUUUCUUUCUUCAAUUCCACUAACGGUAAUGGAUAUUUAAGAAAUAAAGCCAGUAUCUUGGCAUGGAUCUGCUUCAAGCAUUGCAAGACACUACAUAAUGAGGACUAUGUGUAUAUUUCUGUAAAGGAGAAAAACUAAGUUUAAAGAUAGAAGUACAAUUUCAGGUUUCUUUUUUAAUUUUUAUGAUUUUACAUUGUACAUUGUUCAGAAUUUUAUAGUAAAAUGGUUUAGGUGAUGUCUGUUCUCGGCGCCCAUCUUAUUAAAACAGUUGUAUAAUAAACUGUUAAAGCUAAUAUACUGUCUAAUAUUCCAUAUAACACAGCAGUUAUAAUUUGUACAUAGUGCUGGGAUGCUACAUAUAAUAAACUUAUUUACUAUGUA